AUGUCGGAGCAGCGUCGUCGUCGUCGUCGUCUAAGCAGCAAAAUUUGGUUUAGUUUUGGUCGGAGGAGGAGCAGUUUGUCUUCCUCUUCUCCGAUGCUCCUCAAGCACCAUCACCCUCCUUCUCGAACCUCCCUCCAACCUCCCCGCACUUCUCGCAGGAAUGAUGAUUUACCUGUACAUGGGGUUUCAGAGACAAUUGUGGGUGUAUUGGGAGGAGGCCAAUUGGGUCGAAUGCUAUGUCAAGCUGCGUCUCAAUUGGUAAUUAAGGUGAUUGUAUUGGACCCAAUGGAGAAUUGCCCUGCAAGUUCACUAUCACAUUAUCAUAUGGUGGGGAGUUAUGAUGAUAGUGCCACGGUCCAAGAAUUUGCCAAAAGGUGUGGAGUGUUAACUGUUGAAAUUGAGCAUGUUGAUGUGGUGACAUUAGAGAAGUUAGAACAAGAAGAGGUGGAUUGUUAACCCAAAACUAUCCGAA